AAAUAGGCUCCACCACUGGGCUCCUAUAAACAUGCUCUUGACUCUCCUCCUCAGGCAGAGCCACCUGGUGGGCCCGCACCGUCCCCUCCGGUCCGCUGCAGGACAACAGCAUGCUUUCAGACAGGCUGCUGAGCAUCUGUGCCUUUAAAGCUCUGUGAAGCGCGCGCGCCUCUGUCGAAACCCCGCAGACAAACUUCCCCCUGAAGCCCGACGCGCUCGGCGAAGUGCGAGCGAGAGCUACACCAGCUUGACCACUGCGGCACUGGCUCACCCUCACAGCUAGACCCAUGGAAUACUAACUAUGGAAUACCUCUGGAUACUGCUGUUUGUGUUUUUACAGCUAAGCUUCCACCCAGGCCACACCAAGCCCACUAUCAUCCCCAACCAAACCCAACUCGUCGUCCCACUCAACCAUCCCCUCGACCUGCGAUGUAAGAGUGAAAACAAGACACAGUGGUGGCAAGAAAGCCGGCAGAGACCUCUUAAAACAACGCAAAUCGAUGGGAUGUGGAGAGUAUUUCAGGUCAAAGCUCUGAGUGCCCAUAGUGGCCGCUACAUGUGCCGGGAUGAGAAGUCCGGCGAGGAAGCCUCCAUCUUCGUCUUCGUGAAAGAUCCGGAGAAUCCCUUCAAAAAAUCGUUAAAGAACAUUCUUAAGCGUGAGGGACACAACGCUGACAUAUGCCUUCUAACUGAUCCAAGUAUGCUCAACUUAACUUUGGAAACGUGCUCUGGAGAAGCCCUCCCCGCUGGUCUCCAGUAUUCUACGAGCCUGGAGCAAGGGAUCAUCAUCCACAACGUAAAGCUGACCUACGGAGGAUGCUAUGUGUGCACGGGGAUGCUCGAGGGAAGAGCCGUCAAAUCAGAAAAAUACUACCUGACAGUCAAGAAAGCCCCUUUAGGUCCUCCUGAAAUUCAGAUGCAGCAUCCCAGGAGAAUCAUUCUAACUCGAAAUGAAAAUCUGUUGAUCACUUGCAAUGCCACCAAUGUCAACGGACAGUUCACAGUGAAUUGGGUGGCACCACCUGGCUCGGGUGCCAUCUGGUGUCCACAGCAACCAGCAAAGGUUGAUGUCGAUGCACGCAUCCUGAUGAAGGACUACACUCACGCCAGCAGUGUCACGCUGCAAAUAGAGUCCGUGCGUCCACAGGAUGCUGGGAGUUACAAAUGCGUAGCCGUAAACGAAAAAGGGAACAGCACGAUGUCCGUGUGGCUGGACGUUUAUGAACGGGGGUUUAUCAGCUCAGCAGAAAUCCACAACAGAACUUUCCACGUCCGCGCCGGCGACAGUUUGUCUCUGAACGUUAGCAUGGAGGCGUAUCCAAAGCUGCGCGCCGUCUCCUGGAGCUUCAUGGGCGAGAAGCUCAGAAACACCAGUGACCACGUCAUCACCACACACAGCAGGGACUACAGCUACGUCAGCGAGUUGAGGCUGGUGCGGCUCAAAUCGACAGAAGGUGGCAUUUAUACCUUCGAAGCCUCCAACGGCGACGCAGCAGUAAAGCAGAACUUCUCCGUGUUUGUUAUCAGUAAGCCUGCGAUCAUAGAACAUGGGGGCCCUGUGGACGGACAGGUGCACUGUGUGGCUGAAGGCUACCCUGCCCCCCAGAUCAAAUGGUACUACUGCGAGAAGCAUGCUGUCAGGUGCUCCCUGCAGAAGAACGGCACCCAGGAGGAGCGCAGCGUCAUGACCAUCAUGUCGGGAAGCACCAGCUUCGGGAAGAGGGUGGAGAGCUGGGUCAACGUCAGAAGACAGUUCAAUACUCUGGAGUGCGUUGCCACCGGGGAUGGAGAGCAAGCCUACAUGCUGUUUUCUAUCGCUGAGGAAAGGCAUGGUCUGUUCACUCCUCUCCUAAUUGGCUUCAUAUCAGCAGCAGGCAUCCUCUGCCUCAUUGUUAUCCUGCUGCUCUACAAGUACAUGCAGAAACCCAAAUACCAGGUCCAGUGGAAAGUCAUUGAGGGAAUCCACGGCAACAGCUAUGUGUACAUUGACCCCACGCAGCUGCCCUACAAUCACCAGUGGGAGUUCCCACGGAACAACCUGCGUUUCGGGAAGACGUUGGGUUCUGGGGCAUUUGGGAAAGUGGUAGAGGCCACGGCGUAUGGACUGUCCAACGCUGACUCGGUCAUGACAGUGGCGGUGAAAAUGCUUAAAUCAAGCGCUCAUGCCACGGAGAAAGAGGCACUGAUGUCAGAGCUGAAGGUCCUCAGUUACUUGGGAAACCACAUAAACAUCGUCAACCUGCUGGGAGCCUGCACUGUGGGAGGCCCAACGCUGGUCAUCACAGAAUAUUGCUGCUUUGGGGACCUUCUGAACUUCCUGCGGAGAAAGAGAGAAUCUUUCAGCACCUGUGAGCUAAAGGAGAACAAUUUCUACCGCAACUUCAUACAACAGAGAGCUGCAGAUGGAUCGUGCGUGGGAGGGUCUUUGGACAGCAGGACUCAGCUCAGACCAGACUGCUCCUUUCCUCUUCACAGUGACAGCUUGAAUGGCUACAUGAGCAUGAGGCCUUCUGUCGCUGGCAACUCACCGUCGAUCUCAUCCUCGGAGCGGAGACAGUCACUACGCAAAGAUGGCCUGUACCUCGAAGCUGACGCAGACGGCGAGAUGUUCGAUGAGGACGACUUGUCUCUGGACACUGAGGAUCUCCUCAGCUUCUCAUACCAAGUGGCCAAAGGCAUGGAGUUCUUAGCCUCCAAAAAUUGUAUUCACAGAGACCUCGCCGCCCGGAACAUCCUGCUGACUCAAGGGAGAGUGGCAAAGAUCUGUGAUUUCGGCCUGGCCAGGGACAUCACCACGGACUCCAACUACGUCGUCAAGGGCAACGCCCGCCUGCCGGUGAAGUGGAUGUCCCCAGAAAGCAUCUUUGAGUGCGUGUACACGUUUGAGAGUGAUGUGUGGUCCUAUGGCAUCUUGCUUUGGGAAAUUUUCUCACUGGGAAACAGUCCGUAUCCUGGUAUGCCUGUGGACGCCAAGUUCUACAAACAGAUAAAAGAAGGAUACCGGAUGGACGCUCCGGAGUUCGCACCCAGCGAGAUGUAUCAGAUCAUGAGCUCCUGCUGGGAUGCGGACCCCUUCAAGAGACCCCCCUUCACGAAGGUGGUUGAGAGCAUCGAGCAACAGCUGUCACAUGCCACUAAACAUAUUUAUUUGAACUUCAGUUCCAGACUCCCUGUGUUGCCUAGAGCGAGGGAGGAGUCCAGUUCUCAGAGCACAGCAACUCUCAGCUCUUUCUCAGCCAGCAGUAAGAGCGCUCCAACGCAGCCCUUACUGGUUCAGCAUGAAGUCUUCAUGGAGGGGACAAUCCUUCAGGCCCAGUGGGUGUAAGGACCCGCCGGACUUGUUUGGCUGCCUCAAAGUGCCUGUGAUGUUACGCCACAAAUCAUCCAAACCACUACUUUUCGACCGCCUCCGCCCUCCCUCCCCCGAGUCCCCCGUUACCAGUGAAGGUUGCUGUAAGAGGAGUAAGCGCCGCCUCUCGCAGGAGAGAGCGUCCGUGGAUAAACGGUUUUUAUCUUUGCGAUGGCUGUUCUUGCCUGCUCAGUGCUGGGAGGACACUUGGACUAUUGCUCCCAAUUUCCAGAACUCCGAAGGCACCACUGAGGGUGGGCGGCCGUCACACAUUACUCAUUAUGUUAUUACACUGUUACAUCGGUUGGUUAUUUUACACUUUUUCAUGUCUCCUUUACAUUUCAUUAAAGUUGUUUCAUCAUUUUAGGGGGUUUUUUUUUCAAGGGGAGGAUGGGGGGAUUAGUCCACAUAUAGCAGAUGUCUUCUUUUUCUUUUUACGUUUGGUGUUAUUUUUUUUAUUUGUUUUUUUUUCUGUCAUGGAGCAUCGUUUGCGUUGUUUUUUCUUUUCUUUUCUUUUUUUUCUUUUUUUUUGACUGUUGCAGUUGUUGGGUUGGAAAAGAAAGCACUUGAGGCACUUAAACUUUUCUUUAUUCCAUACAUCACAUGAUGCAAAUAAUACAACUUUUUUUUAUCACUUUCAUUGUCAGUAUUACUUUCCAACUGUGCAGAUCUAUGCUGUAUGAAGAAGAUACUUUUGGGGGCCAAUUUGAAUUGAGAUACAAUGACACGGAUACUUCUAUAUAAGCUAUUAGGCAGCAUGGUCGACGACGACAUAUCCUUAAGUGCUUCGAGUUCAUUAGGAGGUAGAUCCGGGACGGCAGCACCUAAAGGACAAACGACUUUUGGGACUUUCGUUAGCAAAUACCAUGAUCAGUGCAUGACUGCAGCUACGGCAUAGAUAUAGAUAUGGUAUGCGCCUCUUAAUGCUUCGUUGCGUUGCUGACAGCUGGACUGCGAGAGGUAUCGAUCUCUUGUAAAGAUGUAUAUAACUGUUUUCUCCCGCUGUUUAUAUGUUUACAAGCGAGAGGUAGGUACUGCCAUUUCUCAGAUGUGUUUUCACAGCUUUCCCCCAACCCUCCUUCAAUCCGUCAGUUUUUUUUUUUAACCAACUCAGAUUUUAACCAUGCUAGCAGUGUAGUUCUCCAACUAAGACAAGCAGAACCUGAUGCGAUAUGCCAUUAAGUGGAUUGCAGUAUUCCCUGAGGUGACAGGAACGAGAGAGAAAAGAAGAAAA